AUGUAUGACCUAAAAACGAUCAAAAGUGGUGUCAAUUGCACCAUUUUUUUAGAGAAUCGCUUGUUUGGUUCUCACUGGAAGAUACCCCUACCUUUUAUUGCACUUGCUGUGUGCUCGAACGUGGCGAUACGCCUUGGCAGAGUAUCAGGCAGCGGACGCGUUUUUCAUGAGCUGGUCCGAGCGCUGUCAUGA